CUCCCUCUGUUUCUCUCUCUACAUAACUCUUCUGUGCAAGAAAAUGUCUCUUUUCGGUUUAUUCGUAGUGGGUUUUCUCUCUCUAUACUCAUCUGCUCGUGGGUAUGAAGAGGGAUGGGUUGAUGCUCAUGCCACUUUCUAUGGGGGUGGCGAUGCUUCUGGAACAAUGGGUGGAGCGUGUGGGUAUGGUAACCUAUACAGCCAGGGAUACGGGACCAACACAGCAGCUUUGAGCACCGCUCUGUUCAACAAUGGAUUGAGCUGUGGGGCUUGUUUCGAGAUCAAGUGUGUGAAUGACCCUAAGUGGUGCCUCCCUGGCUCUAUUGUGGUCACAGCCACCAAUUUCUGCCCUCCCAACAAUGCCCUCCCUAACAAUGCAGGCGGGUGGUGCAACCCUCCACAGCAACAUUUUGACCUCGCUCAGCCUGUCUUUCAACAUAUUGCUCAAUACUCAGCUGGGAUUGUACCUGUCUCUUACAGAAGGGUACCCUGCCAGAAGAGAGGAGGCAUCAGAUUCACCAUAAAUGGGCACUCCUACUUCAACCUGGUCCUAAUCAGCAACGUUGGAGGUGCGGGUGAUGUCCAAGCCGUUUCAAUGAAAGGUUCAGGGACUGGGUGGCAAACCUUGUCUAGAAACUGGGGUCAGAACUGGCAAAGCAACACUUACCUCAACGGACAGACCCUCUCUUUUAAGGUCACCACAAGCGAUGGCCGUACUGUGAUCUGUGACAAUGUUGCCCCUGCUAGCUGGUCCUUUGGCCAAACCUUCACCGGCGGACAAUUCACUUAAAUAUAUAUAUAUACACACACAUAUAUAGUUCGUACUAGCUAGCAUCAGUUUUUCAAAAAUUGCACACGAAUUUCAAAUUCGAACCAUUUCACACGAAUUAGAUUGGUUCAGAUUGAAUCACGGUUUGAACGGAAUCCAUGUGCAACCUAGGUUUUUAUGUUUUUUUGGGUCAAAAAUGAAAAGGGCUUAUUUUAGUGUGGCCUUUUUCGUAAUUUUACAUUUGGUUAUGUGUGAGGUUUCUGUCCUGGUCGUUUUUAAGGAGGACAGAAAAAGGGCAGUGGUGGGCUUUUACCACCCGCCACUUUAGUAGUAAAUGGUCAUUUUAUUAUUAUUCAAUUUUCAACCCUUUUACUGAAAAUUAAGCAAGUAGUGAGUGUUUUGUGUGUUUUGAGUGAAGUCAUUGUUAUCAGCUUUGGCUGAAUGUGUUUCUUGGUUAGUGUGUGAACAGAGAUGAUGUAGCAUCAGUGAUAUUUGUGAAACCCUAUUAAUAUAUUAUUAUAAUAUAUUGUGUCUGUUUUCUCUA